AUGAAUGUAUUGUUCUGUGAUGAUAUUCUGCAGUUUUUUCCCAGCUAUUCCGACUUCAAAGACCGUCGUUGGAUACUUAUCGCCGGCUGUAUUUUCAACAAUUUUUUAACCUACACCGCCAUCAUGUUGAACAUUGUGACAUUGUACGCUGUACGAAAAAGUUCAUCUGUUCCAAAGACGUUGAGAACAUUGAUGCUGAGUCUUGCUGUUUCUGAUGUUGUUGUUGGUGUAUUCGUUCAACCUCUUUUUGCAUCAUUUAUGGUCACUUGGCUGCAAAUGAACAAUCCCAGCUGUGGCGCCUACAACAUGAUGGGUAGCGCUAUUCGUUCGCUUUUGAUGAGCUCGCAUCUGAGUGUUAUGGCUUUAAGUGUAGACAGGUUCUUAGCUCUUCAUCUUCAUCUCAGAUACAAAGAACUUGUGACUCACAGGCGUGUUGUUGCUGUAGUAAUAUCAAUUUGGGUGUUUUGCACAUUACUUUCACCAAUGAUGCAUUGGGUCUCUACAAGCACUCGUUCUUUAACUAAGGUCGUUUUCCUAUUAAUUCCUUUCCUUCUUAUGAUUUUAAUAAACAUCAGGAUUCAUUUCAUUGUCCGCCGGCACAAGUUUCAGAUUCAGUCCUUGCAAUUACAAGAAGCAGGUCAGUGCAGUGAGGUGAAACGAUUGGCUGUCUCUCUUAAGUCUGCGGUUUGUAUAUUGUAUGUGUAUCUCAUAUUUUUAGUUUCGUAUUUCCCAUCGUUUUCCCUCAUGCUUACAAUGAAAAUAAACGGCCCGAAUAGCACAAUUAGGAGUUUGAACGUUUUUACACUCAUUCUGCUAUUUCUGAAUUCAACUUUAAACCCUCUAAUUUACUGUUGGAAGAUGAGACACAUUCGUCACUCUGUCAUCAACAUACUGCGUAAUAUGCCCUGGAAAAGAAACCGUACUCUAAACUAAUUAUGCAAUCAGUCAUAAGGCUUCGUUGUGGUCGUCCAUAUUGUUUAACUGGCAAGGGCUGAAUACGUUCCCUUUUUUUCUCAACCGAAAAAAAGAGAAACUAGAACGUUAUUAAAAACGUAAUUGAAGCGCCACAGAAACAAUGGUAGAUAUUUUAAUUUUUAAGGGGAAAGAAAUCAUAGUUUUGUGAAUACAGUAAGGGUAAUUUAGCGUAAUUCCUGUUCAAUCGAUUUUAUGAGAAAUAAAAUUGACACUGAUUUUUCAAGUUUCUCGUUAACCUCAACAUUGCCUGUUAAUUUCAGCCAUGAAUUCAUGAUGUCUUUUGUAAAUAAAUAAAACUUUUUAAAAGCUAGCUCAAUGUAAACUCAGUGUAUUAUAACUGACAUAGCUACCAAAACCAUCAGGCUCUACAGGUGAGCUAUCUUAAUGACGUGUGAAUUUGAACUGCUUUUCUAAUGUCAAAUACUAUUUCCAAGUAAUGAAUCGGGACACAAGGACGUCGUACCUGCGCAAGGGAAACAAUCAUCUUCCUGUUGCAUAACAGUGAACCCUUGACGCAGAGAAGAAAUCGACAUGUAAAUAUUUUUCGUACAUUCCCAUAACUCUGGUCAAGGUUGUGGGAAAAGUUACAAUGAAGAAAUUUAUCGAUUGCAGGACGAAUGGUAUUUAUUUGUCAUCAGAUUCUCAUCACUUGUCACAAAAUAAAAGUAGGGUUUCAGUUACGGGAAUGAACUUUUGAUUAACAAGAUCGUAAAAAGUGAACUGAUUUUGGGUAUAUUCAAAUAGUGUGCCGCGAUGAUUUUUCGACCCACAGGAAAAUGCCCGAGUAAUGAUGAAAUCGGAAGGAUAGAAGAUGUUUCAGUAAUAAAGGGUUGGGAGUUUACCACAAGUUGGAGACUGGACGACUGAAUAGGCUGCGUUUGUCUUUACGCUUUUGAAGAGGAAACUUUCUUGAAAGAACAGGCUGUAUAUGGAAUAUGUAACAUCCAACAGAGGUCUCCUUCCAAAGAUGUAAUGAAUAGUGCCCACAUGGACGCCGAACCAAACCGGCCUGAACCGAACCGGGAGAACUUUAUUUUCAGAAUUUCAGACUUUUUUUUUCUUGAUUACCGUAAUUAACUUAGACGCAAGCAUUUUUGAGAUUUCUAUCUUUUAAUAUAACUUCAAUGUUCGAAAUUUUUAAGCGUGCAAAAAAAAACAUGUCUAAAGAUCUACUCUGACAGAUGUUCCGACUUUUUAAUGUUUUGGCAUACUAAUUUUGAAACAACUAAGAAUUCUUGUAAUGGCCCCAGCCAGUUGUCAUUGUCGAACUUCUUUCUUUAAAAUGAAUAUAUUGUUCAUACAUUGAUUUUUUAUAAUGAUGAAAUGCUAACGAAUAAAUUUGAUCUUUUCAGAGGGAAGCAAUAACGAUGUCAUUUGUUAAUGCAUUCUCCAUGCAGCACCAGAUAGCCAUCCAUUAAAUUUGCAUUGGUCACGGCUUUCGAUAACCUUCCCAAUCAAAACCUUUACAGGACGAUUAGAAAGGUCUUUAAAACACUUGGUUUUGUUAUUUCGAUUGGUCGUGAACGACCAUGAGCGUGUUGUGUUAAUCCGACAGAUGGGUGGCUUAAAGCCCAGAAAGCGAAGUUAUAAAUGCUGCGACUCGUCAUAAAAUAGUGUGGGCUGCAGUUGAAAACUUUUCUCAUUCUUUAAGAUGGCUUUCAUGUUUUUAAAGCUGAAGAAUUGUUUUGCACAAGAAAAAGGUUGAUCCCUAAAUAGAUAAAUAAGGAGAAUGAGCAAAAAGUAACUGCUUUCAUUUUGUUCAUCACGGUAAAUGAAAACAUUACAUUAGGUGUGCGUAACACCUGAAACGAGUCCUACUUGCUCACAAAAAUCCCUUCAUAAAAUUGUACGUCAAUCAGUAUGAAUGUGAUGAUAUUCUGUAGUUUUAUUCCCUCGUAUUCCGACUUCAAAGACCGUCGUUGGAUACCCGCCGCUGGUUGUAUUUCCAACAAUAUUUUUACCCACAUCGCCAUGAGUAUGAACUUUGCUCCUUAGUCUGACUUAAUUUAAAAGUAAUCCACGAUGCUUUAAAUUGCAAUCAUCGGGAAAUCCCUUUUGAUGUGAGGACUCAAAGUCUCCGCUUUACAGAUUUUAUAUGGGAUGUAUAUCCAUUAAAAGGUGCCGUUAAAUUAGUAAUCCUGAAAGAUAAGAGGCGGUGGUUCCUAUGCGCCAGUGGUCAGCGACCAAUUUCGGGUGCGAAAUUCUACAUUCUUUUAAACUUUGCCCCUCAGUCUGACUUAAUCUAAAAGAAAUCCAUAAUUCCUUAAAUCAUCGGGAAAUCCUCUUUGAUGUGAAGACUCAAAGUCUCCACUUUACAGAUUUUAUAUUGGAUGUAUAUCCAUCAAAUUUCCAAAUAGCACUUUCGAUUACUUCUCUUAUCCCGAAUGCUUAUGACUUUGUUAUACCACGGUACUGCGGCUUUAAUUGCACCCCCCUUAAAAAUUUUCCAUUAACUAACUAUCAAAUUAAAUGAACACAUGACCCUGUGAUGAAAAGCUAUCACAAGACCAGCGUCGUUUUAUCAAAAAAAGUCGUCGAAAAGAUGAUUGUGUCAAUCCUGAUGAACUUAUAAAAGAGUUCGAUCAAAAAUUAUUUUUUCUCUUUCUCUAAAAAGGUCCUAAUUGCCCACAAAAAGUUAAUCAGUAUGAAUGUAUUGUACUGUGAUGAUAUUCUGCAGUUUUUUCCUUCCUAUUCCGACUUUAAAGACUGUCGUUGGAUACUUAUCGCCGGCUGUAUUUUCAACAAUUUUUCAGCUUACACCGCCAUCAUGUUGUACAUUGUGACAUUGUACGCUGUACGAAAAAGUUCAUCUGUUCCAAAGACAUUGAGAACAUUGAUGCUGAGUCUUGCAGUUUCUGAUGUUGUUGUUGGUGUAUUCGUUCAACCUCUUUUCACAUCAUUUCUGGUCACUUGGCUGCAAAUGAACAAUCCUAGCUGUAGUAUUUACUACUUGAUGGCUGGCGUUAUCCGUACGCUUGUAAACGUCUCCCUCUUGAGUGUUGUAGCUAUAGGUGUAGACAGGUUCUUAGCUAUUCAUCUUCAUCUCAGAUACAAAGAACUUGUGACUCACAGGCGUGUUGUUGCGGUGGUGAUGUCAAUUUGGGUGUUUUGCACAUUUUUUUCACUAACGAUGUUUUGGUUCCCUGUAGGUACUGUUCCUAUGAUUAAUGCCGUUAUCUCAACAAUUGGUUUCCUUCUUAGUAUUUUAAUAAACAUCAGGAUUAAUUUCAUUGUCCGCCGGCACAAGUUUCAGAUUCAGUCCUUGCAAUUACAAGAAGUAAGUCAGUGCAGUGAAGUGAAACGAUUGGCUGUCUCUCUCAAGUCGGCAGGUUGUAUAUUGUAUGUGUAUCUCAUAUUUUCAGUUUUGUAUCUCCCAUUGCUUUCCUCCAUUCUUGCAAUCAAGAUAAAUGGCCCGAAUAGCACUAUUAGGAGUUUGAAUGUUUUGGCACUCAUUCUUGUAUUUCUGAAUUCAACUUUAAACCCUUUAAUUUACUGUUGGAAGAUGAGACACAUUCGCCACUCUGUCAUCAACAUACUGCGUAAAAUGCCCUGGAAAAGAAACCGUACUCUAAACUACUGAAUUAUGCAAUCAGUUGUAAUGCUUCGUUGGGAUCGUCCUUAUUGUUUGACUAACAAGGGCUAGGAACGUGUUUUUUUUCCUCAACUGACAAAAGAGAAACUAGAACGUUGUUAAAAACGUGAUAAAAACGCCACAGAAACAAACAUGACUAUUCAAAUUUUCAAGGGAAAAAAGAUAAAGUAAAUGAUAGUUUUGUGAAUGCAAUAAUGGUAAAUUAGCCUAAUCCCUUUUUGAUCGAUUUUAUGUGAAAUAAAAUUGACACUGAAUUUUCAAUGUAUUCGUGAACCUCAACAUUUUUCAAAUAACCAAUUGAAUAUUCUACUUGUAAAAUGAGAAUCAUCUCUACCUCAGUUUUAUUAUUACUGUUUUCCCUUGUUGUUUUUUCUUCGCUUUUAUUGCGUUUAUUUUGGCUGAGAAUUCAUAGUAUACUACAGAGGUCUCCAUUCAAAGAUGCAAUGAAUAGUCCCCACAUGGGCGCCGAUGAUUCCGGCCUGAACCGAACCGGGAGAACUUCAUUUUCAGAAAUUCAAGUCUUUUUUUCUUGAUUACCGUCAUUAACAUAGACGCAAGCAACUUCAAGAUUUUUUUCUUUUGUCAUAACUUCAAUGUUCGAGAUUUUAAAGUGUGCAAGAAAAUCACCAUUUUCAUAGAUCUUCUCUGACAGAUGUUCCGCUUUUUAACGUUUUAGCGUACUAAUUCUGAAACAACUAAGAAUUCUUGUAAUGGCCUCAGCCAACCGUCAUUGUCGGACUUCUUUCUUUAGAAUAAAUAAAUUGUUCAUUAAUUGAUUUUAUACUAUGAUGAAAUGCUAACGAAUAAAUUUGAUCUCUGCAAAAGGAAGCAAUAGCAGUGUCAUUUACUAAUAUAUUCUCCAUGCAGCACCAGAUAGCCAUCCAUUAAAUUUGCAUUGGUCACGGCUUUCGAUAAACUUCCCAAUCCAUACCCAUACAGGACGAUUAGAAAGGUCUUUAAAACACGUUGUUUUGUUAUUUUGAUCAGUCGUGAACGACCAUGAGGGUGUUGUUUCAAAAUCUUGUGGGCUGCAGUCGAAAAUUUCUCUUAUUCUUUUAAAUAACGGCUUUCAUGUUUUUAAAUCUAAAAAAGUUGUUUUGCACAAGAAAAAGGUUGAUCCCUAAAAAGCUAAAUAAGGAGAAUUAGCAAAAAGUAACUGCUUUCAUUUUGUUCAUCACGGUAAACGAAAAAAUUAUAUUAGGUGUGCGUAACACCUGAAACGAGUCCUACUUGCGCACAAAAAAUCCCCUUAUAAAAUUUUAAGUCAAUUAGUAUGGAUGUGAUGAUAUUCUGUAGUUUUUUCCCCUCAUAUUCCAACCUCAAAGACCGUCGUUGGAUACUCGACGCUGGUUGUAUUUCCAAAAAUAUUUUAACCCACAUCGCCAUGAUGUUAAACUUUGCCCCUUAGUCUGAUUUAAUUUAAAAGUAAUCCACAAUUCCUUAAAUUGCGAUCAUCGGGAAAUCCCCUUUGAUGUGAGGACUCAAAGUCUCCGCUUUACAAAUUUUAUGGUGGGUCAUAUUCAUUAUAUUUCCAUUUAGCACCUUUAAUUUAUUAUCUGAUCCAGUAAGCUCAUGACUUUGUUACACCACGGUACUACUUUAAUUCCAUCCCAUAAAGAACUUUCCAUGACUAACUAUCCAAUCAAAUGAGCACACGACCCUGUGAUGGAAAGCUAUCACAAGACCAGCGUCGUUUUAUUCAAACAAAGUCGUCGAAAAGAUGAGUGUAUCAAUCCUGACGAACUUAUCAAAGAGUGCGAUCAAAAAUUAAUUGCAAUUUUUAUCACGGUUAAUGAAAAAAUUAUAUUAGGUGUAUGUGGCACCUGAAAAGUCUUAAAUGCCCACAAAAGGGUCAGUCAGUAUGAAUGUAUUAUACUGUGAUGAUUUUCUGCAGUUUUUACCCUCCUAUUCCGACUUCAAAGACUGUCGUUGGAUACUCGUCGCCGGCAUUAUUUCCAACAAUUUUUUAACUUACACCGCCAUCAUGUUGAACAUUGUGACAUUGUACGCUAUACGAAAAAGUUCAUCUGUUCCAAAGACAUUGAGAACAUUGAUGCUGAGUCUUGCUGUUUCUGAUGUAUGUGUUGGUGUAUUCAUUCAGCCUCUUUACACAUCAUUUCUGGUCACUUGGCUGCAAAUGAACAAUCCUAGCUGUAGUAUUUACUACUUGAUGGCUGGCGUUAUUCGUGCGCUUGUAAACGUCUCGCUCUUGAGUGUUGUAGCUAUAAGCGUAGACAGGUUCUUAGCAAUUCAUCUUCAUCUCAGAUACAAGGAACUUGUGACUCACAGGCGUGUUGUUGCUGUGGUGAUAUCAAUUUGGAUGGUUUGCACAUUUUUUUCACUAACGAUGUUUUGGGUCUCUAUAAGUACUGUUCCUAUGAUUAAUGCCGUUAUCUCAAUAAUUGGUUUCCUUCUUGGUAUUUUGAUAAACAUCAGGAUUCAUUUCAUUGUCCGCCGGCACAAGUUUCAGAUUCAGUCCUUGCAAUUACAAGAAGCAGGUCAGUGCAGCGAAGUGAAACGAUUGGCUGUCUCCCUUAAGUCUGCAGUUUGUAUAUUGUAUGUGCAUCUCAUGUUUUUAGUUUCGUAUUUUCCAUUUUUUCCCUUAAUGCUUGCAGUGAAAAUAAACGGCCCGAAUAGCACUAUUAGGAGUUUGAAUGUUUUGACAAUCAUUCUUGUAUUUCUGAAUUCAACUUUGAACCCUUUAAUUUACUGUUGGAAGAUGAGGCAUAUUCGCCACAAUGUUAUCGACAUACUACGGAACAUGCCCUGCAAAAGAAACCGAACUCUCAACACAUUUUGCAGGCAGUGA